UGAAAAUUGCAAAACCAGAUACACAAACACUUCUACAUUUCGAUUCAUCAUGCAAAGCAGCUUUGUCGCGAGAGAUAAUAUCUCUCCGAAAUAUCGGGUCUCUGGACCGUUUCCCGUCCCAAAAGUCGGCAUUCGGAAGGAUAUCGGCCGAAAUUUCAUAUCGGUGAGAGCAUGUCAAACGCCCGUUACGACGAAGCGGUCACGCCAGCGGCGAUCCCAGAACAUAGAUGGAGAGUUCUUUGUAGACAGCAAAUGCAUAGAUUGCGAUGUCUGCCGUUGGAUGGCUCCGCAAACCUUCGACCGAAUCGCCGAUCAAUCCGCAGUCUUUAAACAGCCCAGUUGUGAGGAAGAAAGGCUCAAGGCCCUUCAGGCUCUCCUUUGCUGCCCAACUGCCUCUAUUCAUACUGAAAAGCCUCCGCGUGAUAUUCUAGAAGUGCAUAAGACACUUCCUAUCCCAAUCAAUGAGCAAAAACUUCCGGGUGUCUAUCACUGUGGCUAUCACUCUGAAAAAUCAUAUGGAGCAACUUCGUAUUUAAUCAUUCAUCCAGAUGGAAACAUACUCGUCGACAGCCCAAGUUACAAAGAAAGAGUUGCACGUAACAUCGAAAUGCUCGGCGGAGCACGCUACAUGUUUCUGACCCACAAGGAUGACAUAGCAGAUCAAGAUAAAUGGGCAAAGCGGCUGAAGUGCGAGAGAAUUAUGCACUCGCUUGAUGUACAAGCUUCUACUGCUGAUGUAGAGAUCCAGCUGCAAGGGGAUGGUCCAUGGAGUCUUGGUCCCGACUUCGAGAUUAUAUUCACUCCAGGCCAUACUGAAGGAUCCAUCUGUCUGUUGUACAAGCCGCUGAAGGCUCUGUUCCCCGGUGAUCAUCUCGCUGGAGGCAGAGCAGGGGAACCUGCAUUGACCAUUUUCGAGAACUAUAACUGGUUUUCAGUUCCUGAGCAACUGAAUAGUGUGCAAAAGUUGUUGGAGAUGGAUUUUGUAUGGGCUUUACCUGGUCAUGGAAGGAGAAUUGAAUUUAAAGACACCCAAGAGAAGAACUUAGCUCUGGAAUCUUUCUUGGCUAGCAAAAAGCAGGUUUAUGGCGUCGAGGAGGCUUAUACAAAAGAGCCAGCUUAUGCCAAGUAAAAGAAUUAAACAGGAAAUUAAUAAUACAGGAAAAGGUAGUCAUAUAUGCUUUUUUGUUUCUUUUAUCUUUUUAUAAUAGUAGCUUUUAUUUUGGUCAAUACAGUGGUAGGAGUGGGUGGAAGAUAUAUAAUGUAAUAUAAGUUGCGGAGGCAAGAACAGGUUCAGGUGGAGACAAGGACAUGACCCUGAAAUGUUCGAGCGGUGAUUAGGACUGCAAAAUAAUAUUAAGAAAUACUGCAAAAUAAUAUUAAGAAAUAAAGCAUGCAUAUGUUUCAUAAAUUUAGCAGUCAACAAAACCAUGAUUGUGUAUCGAAGAACUUGGAAUAUCUAGCCAGAUACAGGAGAAACCAAAAAUACAGAAUUGUUUGGAUUA